GAAAACCCAAGAAUCAGACGAAAUGCGGGGGAUGUCGAUCCUCCAGAAUUGGGUUGGUCCAUCUUCAGCUGGACUUUCUUUCUCUCUCUCUUUCUUCUUUCCCUGCUACUUCUACGAUUCCUGCUCUACUACUUAUCAUCCAUUACGUUCCUACUGAUCUCCUAUCUAUUCCGAUCUCUACGGUCCACGGUCCAUCGGUCAUCCUCCGCCAAAAUGCGCCUCCCCGGCCUCAUUUCCCUCUGGCCUCUCCUUCUCCUCCUCAGCAAUUCUCCUCUCGCCUCUGCCAAAAUGAGCACUGCCUGUUUUAAAGUCGUCGCCGCCCUGGUCGGUCGACCGGGCGAACUCUUCCAGCAAUUCCAGACGGAGAUCUGCGAUCGUGGCUGCCAGCCCACCGUUCCGCACUGGGAUCUCUGGACGCGCAACAACACCUUCGUACCGGCCGUGCGGGCCAUGAUGAAGCGCGUGGACUCGCCGCGACAGGAGGAAGAGAUGAUGCAGCUGGGCGACGACGUGGCGGACAUCAUCAAGGGACGCUGCGGACCGAUGCUUCAGGGGCGCGACAUCUGCGCGGACGACGAGACGCUGGCGGAAUUCGGCAACUGCUUCAAGAAGCAGUUCCUGCGGGCGUCGCUGAAGCAUCUGCCUCGGCUGCUGCCCAUGGCGUCGGACGAGGUGUGCAGCGAGCAACUGGCGUACUUGCAGACGGACGAACUGUGGCAGGAGAUCAUCCCAGGGAACAUGCGCGAGUAUGCGCAGGUGUGCCGGUCGCUGGGGAUGGGGGUGCAGGAGGUCCAUGAAUUAUAAUCAAUUACAAUUGAAC